GUGGUCUUUUGACCAUUAUCAUGAUUGCGACCGCACCAGAUAGUUAAAAGCAUGGUCAUUAGCGCUUAAGAUAUGCAUAUGUUUACCUUAUCUCCACUUGUGUUUGCCUAUUUUUGUUCUUUCCUCACUCACCUAUCUUUAUCCCACUUACAUUUUACAAGCAUAUGUUUUGAAUGCACAAUCAUGUACACUCUUUAAAAUUGUGAAACCCUUGCUAACAUGUAUUGCGCAACUUCCUCCUCCACACCAAUUAGAGUCCCACUCGAUUGUAGAGAUGCAAUUGACUCUUUUAGAUGUAUUGUUCAUAUAACUUAGAAGACACCUCCACUUAAAAAUUGAAAAGAGCAAUUACUCAUAGACCCUCUCCCUAAUUAAGUGACUGCUUCAACACUAAUCUCUAAUUCCCUUUUCGAUUGAAAGCUUUCGUGUUUAUUUCCUUUCGCUCCAUUUUCAUUUUGGUUGUGGAUGCUCUCCUUGUUGGGUAUAUGGCAUCAUAUGGAGCUCAUGGAGGUGUAUGAGUGUGGAUAUGAGGUUGCGUAAAGGGAAAACGUCAUAUGGGGCAUAAGGCUGACUUUGAAUGCGCAUAUGUCUCAAUCUAUAAAUGGUUUUGAGGUGAUUCGAAUUGGAGGUGAUAGCUUGUUCCGAGAGUUUUCCGACGAUAGGUCAUAUACCCAAUUCCGCUGAGAAACGAGAAAGUUAUGACUGUUUUACGAAGAACUGACGAAACUGUUUCGUCUUGCGUCUCGCCCGUGUAGGUCGGGCGGAUUUCGCCCGGGCACUUUAAGUCGGGCGCGCAAGUAGCUUUGGAAAAGUGAAAUCCUUCCCGGUCGGGUGGAUUUCGCCCGGGCAGCCUGGCGGUUCGGCGUUUAGUCCGAAAAACGCGUUUUUGAUGCGGGAGUAUAGAUAGAAGCCCUAAUACGUCUUUUAUUGUAACCCUAAAUUCAUUAUUCACAGAUUAGAGAGAGAAAAAGCUAUAGAGAGAGUUCUUGAGCGCUUUUGUAAUCUUUCUUGAAUAUUCAUCGAUUCCUAGUGCAUAUUCGUGGUUUUUCUCCCAGUUCUUCCACGUAAAUGUUCUUGUGUGUUCUUUCCUGCUUUGUUAUUUGUUGUUCUAUUAUUGUUCUAUUAUUUCUAGAUUGAUAGUCAAUAGAAAUUACACUCUUACAUAUUGAGUUGAUAACCUAAAGACAUCAAAUGUUUCCAUGUAUCCUCAUAUAUGUUGGUCCAAUUUUCAAUGUCUUGCCUCUUGAUUCUUGGUUUUAUACCCAAAAAAAAUCAAAAAGUACACCUCCUAAUCGAAGAAUAAUGAGUUACAUGUACCUUAUCUAAUGGAUUGUUGUCUUCACUAGAUUUGAUUAUAAGUAGCCUUAUAAGUUGGUGCUUAGUCCAACAAUGACAUGUGGUCUCAAAGGGAGAAAGAAUAUAAAACCUAGAUUGGAAUCAAGGACAACUAAAAGGAUCUAACACCAUUCUCCACAUCAACUAAGUGCAUCUUUAUUCUCACGAGCUGAUAUUCUGAGAAACUUUCGAGUGAAGCUUAUCAACAUGUACUUUUGUUAAUUGUUUGAUUGCAACAAAAUGAAUCUAUUGAGCCAGUCCCAACUUAUACCAAUCUAUUGAGCCAGUUCCAAAGCUUCCAACCAAUCUAUACCAAUCAUCCAGUUAUGUAUGAUUGUUUUAUUGUAACCAAAUGAAUCUAUUGAGCAUAAGGUGAUGGUGUAUAGGAGAACCACACUUUUAGUAGAAUUGUAAUAAUUUAGCUUUAUAUAUUGAGUAUGGUUGAUUUUCUUAGAUGCUAUUGUAUGGAAGGUCUUUGUAACUAGGGAUGCGGUAAGCAAGAAAUCCUUGAAGAUUUUGUUGUGAAUUGUCUAUAUGACCGUGGUUUUUCAUAGGCUCUUGCUAUGAAUGUGUUCAUGUAGGAUAUGUCACCACUUGGUUCCGAAUAAAACAAAGUUAUUUCUAUUAUGAAGUUAGGUAAUGGGUGUUGUUUCUGCCUAGAAACUGGUCAAAGAUGAGAGUUGUGCUGAGUUUGGAUAUCCAAGACGCCGAGAGUCCCGAGGGUAAAGUCUCCAAAGAUCCUGCAAAAGACGGUUAAACUGGCCGGGAUACUUCCAGGAACACCCCUCUGACACUUAGGUCAGAUGUGAGAGAGGUAGAGAGAGAGAGAGUGUCAAUAAAGGUGGAGAGAGAUGCUAUGACUUUUGUGGCUGAAAAUUGAAUAUCUGUUCAUUGAUGAGAUUGGUGACUUUUAUACUCUUGGAGGUUCCCCAUACAGGAAAACCUAAAGACGAAUUCCCACCUUUAGGGAAAGUAUCUCUCUUUUCAAUGAUGUUUUAUGUUCCCUUGAACAUGUGGGCUUAACCUGGUUAGAUGGAUGGACCAUUUCAUGGGCCCAAACAGGUGUACAAGUUCAAGCUGCUUAAAGUUUUAUGGUCAGCGGUGCUAAGCUUAUAGCCUUUGUUCUUGGUCUACAAUGAGCUUCAGUCUUUCCAUUGACAAAUACACUGAUAAAAAAGUAGAAGGUGCUAUGGAUUGUGUGAAGUCUGAGUCAGAAGGCGAUAAAUCUUUGAUUCAACAAGAACUCCACAUGCCUUACUUGGUUCAUCCAGGGUUGAACGUCCAACCUCCAGCUGAAGACACAACUUUCUUUGCAUCAUCUAUAUGUCCAGCACCAAUUUGCCGACAAUUCUGGAAAGCUGGAAACUACAACGAUGAGUUUGUCUCUAGGUCUCGUGUCCAAAAUAGCAAUAACUAUCUGCAUGUUCACCCUAAGUUCCUUCACUCAAAUGCCACUUCUCAUAAGUGGGCUUUUGGAGCUAUGGCAGAACUCCUUGACAAUGCAAUUGAUGAGAUACAAAAUGGAGCCUCUUUUGUCAUUGUAGAUAAAAUUUCAAAUCCAAGGGAUGGGAGUCCAUCUUUGCUCAUUCAAGAUGACGGAGGCGGAAUGGAUCCAGAGGCAAUUCGGCGUUGUAUGAGUUUUGGAUUUUCAGACAAGAAAUCUAUAUCUGCAAUUGGAAGAUAUGGAAAUGGAUUCAAGACCAGCACGAUGAGACUUGGAGCUGAUGUUAUAGUAUUCAGUCGCCAUGUGCAGAAUAGGACAUCAACUCAGAGCAUUGGUCUCCUGUCAUAUACAUACUUGUCUCGAAAAGGUCUGGACAGGAUAGUAGUACCUAUGGUUGAUUAUGAGUGCAAUAUGUCAACUGGCACUUUUGUACCUCUUCAUCGCUACCAUGAAGACCAAUUCCAGUCAAAUAAGUCUAUCAUUUUGCAAUGGUCGCCAUAUUGCAACGAGGUGGAUCUUAUGAAGCAGUUUGAUGACAUUGGCUCUCAUGGAACUAAAGUUAUUGUUUUCAAUUUAUGGUUUACUGAUGACGAGAAAUUGGAGUUCGAUUUUAAAAAUGAUCCUGAGGAUAUUCUCCUACAAGGUUCUGAUAAUUGUAAGAAAAUAAAGUUACAAAAUAAAAUAAGUGAAGAGCAUAUCGGCAGCCGAUACCAUUACUCCCUCCGAGUAUACUUGUCCAUUUUAUACUUGCAGAUUCCGCAGAAUUUUAAUAUCAUAUUGCGUGGAAAAGCUGUGAAACAUCACAGUGUAGCAUGUGAUCUCAAAUAUCCAGAGUUCAUCUUGUACAGACCUCAAACCGGGGGAACUAAGGAGGCUGAAGUACUAACAACAAUAGGGUUUCUUAAGGAAUCUCCUCAAGUCAAUAUACAUGGCUUCUGUGUCUACCAUAAAAAUCGUCUUAUACUGCCAUUUUGGCAGGUUGUAAGCUAUGAUAGGAGUAGAGGAAGAGGUGUUGUAGGGGUCUUGGAAGCAAAUUUUAUUGAGCCUAUUCAUAACAAGCAAGAUUUUGAGAAGACUUCCCUUUUCCAAAAGCUUGAAGCUCGCUUGAAGGACAUGACUUGGGAAUAUUGGGACUGUCACUGUGGACUUAUUGGCUAUCAAGUGAAGAAAAAAAUCCAAGUACCUUUAUCUUUACUAGACUCAUCUGAUGUGCUUCCAAGUCAAGCUAGACAUGAAUCCCUUAGCACAAAUAGAGUUUUGACAUUGGAUCGAGCACCAGUUCAUCAGGUUGAUCCUGUGGUUAGUUUGCCUGCUGAAUCUCUAGUUCAGAAUGAUCAAAGCAGCACGCAGCAGCAUGGUACCAAGAGGGCACAAGAAGAUCUUGGAAAGGGGAGAAGACAGGUCAGGCUUGUACCUGAUGCUAUGAAUGCUGGGCACUCUAUUCAAGUUCAGCUUGCUUCUCAGGCUGCCAAGCUUGUGAAUGAAAACAGGGCUGUGGUAAUGAUUCAGGAAAAUAAGAAGCUUUUUGCAAAAUGCUUAGAAUAUGAGAAAGCUGAAGAAGAGCUCAAUUACAAGGUAUCAUGGCUGAGAAAGGAACUUGAAUUUGCACAACACAAAUAUGAGAGGAUGUUAAAUGAACUACAAUUGUUAGAUGCUGCCAAGCCUGAAAAGAAUCUGUAAUAUUAAAAACAAUUCGGCGCAAUAAGUGGAUGCAGCAGUCUGUGACUGGUGUGAGUGUUGAGAUAUGCUACCUGGAGGCCAUGCUUCUUAAGAGCUAUGAAGUCCAACAGGAGAUGGCACCUUGCUCUAACUGACAUUUUGGGCAGAUGGUGCUAUUUGGCUGUUGUCAAGAUAUCACUGCCAUGAGGCUUUAGUUGAUCUCCAACUAUCUUCUAGCACGCCGUCUUUAUUGCUUUCCUAGUCCUACCACAGCUUUGCAUAUAACAUAUGGGUGAUGCUGGAGCAAGAUGCAAUGAAGCCAGGCCCUUCGUUUUGGUGGUAAUGUUCUCUUAGGCCAAAUGGGAGUUGAGAGGCAUUAUAAAUUGUUAUGUAGUAAUCACAUUGUAUAGCCAUUCGAGUAUGUAACCUCUUGUGUUAAUAAAUGAAGAGAAGCUUAAAUCUC